UAGAAUUCAGCGCCGCGUGCUUGACCUGGCAUUAUUGCGAGUUUUAGAACAAGAAAUGGGCUGGCAAAUCCCAUGCUGAGUAUGUGCGAGAAAAGAGGAACGCCGCGUGGAAAAUGGUACUCAGUCUGGGAGACUCAGAGACAGACGUCCUCCCUGAUGAGCACUUCAAUUUGACAGCGACACGUACGACGCGCAACGCAGCAGACCAUAUGGGAUUCGCAGUAUACAUAGCAGCAUCAGCGAUGUGCUCGGUCUAACCAACAAACCGUCCAACAUGGCAAUGCGCUCUGUCUCGUUGAGCUCGCUGCUGCUGCUGCUUUUGUCCGCCACCAUCUCCUCGGCACCGGCGGCCGGAAAAGCCGGCGACCAAGCGGCGCUGCUUGCCUUCAAAGCCGCGGCAACUAGUGGCGGCUACGGCGACGCGCUCGCUUCCUGGUACACGAAUACUGCCAAAAACAACAAAACGAUGCAGAUAAAGUCUCUUAAAAUAGCUCUGAUAGCAAUUGGCGCACUGUUAUUUUUAGCUUUCAUUAGCGCUUAUGCACUCAACCGCUUGAUCUACAAGAAGCUUAGAGGAAGGAAGAAGAGCCCAAUUCUACCACCAAAAAGUAGGGAAUACUAUGAACGAGUCUCUUAUCGUUCAUUAGCAAAUGGGACCAAUGGAUUUUCAGAAGGCAAUUUGCUUGGUAAAGGAAGCUUUGGGGCAGUGUAUAAAUGCACUUUCCAAUAUAACAAAACUAUUGUUGCUGUGAAGGUUUUUAACCUUGAACAAUCGGGAUCUACAAGAAGUUUUAUGGCUGAAUGUAAAGCAUUGAGAAGGGUGCGUCACCGUUGUCUCCUAAAGAUCAUCACAUGUUGCUCAAGCAUCGAUAGCCGAGGUCAAGAGUUCAAGGCAUUGGUUUUUGAGUUCAUGCCCAAUGGUAGCUUAAAUGAGUGGCUUCAUCCAAAAACUGAUACACCUACACUAAGAUAUACUAUGAGUUUAGACCAAAGGCUAGAUAUUGCUAUUGACAUCAUGGAUGCGCUGGACCUA